CUCAUUUACUCUUUGACCCAACUGAGCCAUUAGGAAGAGGAACUAAAGGUCACCGGAUUGAUCCCAAAAUAUGGCAGUAAAACAGUACUCGGGUCCAAGACCAUUUUAAAUGCAGGAAACAAAACAUGGCAUUGGCUUUUCGGAAUCCUGAAUUGCUGCAACGCCAAAUAGCUAUGCCUGAAAUGCUUUUGUGGUGAUUUUGAAAAUUGCCUAAGGUUAUUCCAGACUGGGGCAGCCUAGCAGUCCGCAUCUCCCAAGUUACGCAACUCCAAGACCGGCGCAGGGGAAGAGGUAGCAGCCUAGCAGUCCGCAUCUUUCCGCUUCGGCAAAACCCCCAAAGGCCAAAUCACAAUUUCCAACCUACCAAUCUAGCACGCAGCAACCAUCGUCGAUCGUCACUGGCUGCCUCUCUGGUCGCACGCAGCACUCGGAGGGGGCACGGUGGUAUAGAGUAUUUUGGUUUCUGGUUUUCUGAUCUAAUUGGUCUUCCGUGGUAAACUGAGAGGCCUGAGAUUCUGAGAACUGCUGGUCUGCUGCCCAAGUCACGGCUAAGUGUUUAAGAGGGUACUAAACAUGGAAUGAUGAUAUAGCUUUUUGCUACAUGCUGUUGGAAUUAAAUGCUCAUAAAUUAUAUCCUUUGAUGAUGUAAUGCUUGUUUUACUAUCUCUAUGGUACUGGUUUCAACAUGCUAUGAUGAAUUUUGGCAUAAUGCUGUUUGAGAAAACCUUUUUAUCCGCGAACAUUUUCACUUUCUCCCUUAAAAAUCUCAUUUUGUUCAAAGCUUUAAUGGGUGCUCCCAAACAAAAAUGGACUCCUGAAGAAGAAGCCGCUCUCAAAGCUGGAGUACGUAAGCAUGGUCCAGGCAAGUGGCGUACAAUUCUUAAGGACCCAGACUAUUGUAAAGUAUUAUAUCUCCGUUCAAAUGUAGAUCUCAAGGACAAGUGGAGAAAUAUGACUGUAAUGGCAAAUGGUUGGGGAUCUCGAGAGAAGUCAAAAUUAGCACUUAAAAGGGUGCACCGAACCCCUAAGCAGGAUGAGAGCUCGUUGGCUCUUACAAAUGUUGAUCAAAGUGAGGACGAAAGUAGUGAAGACAAGCAAGUUGAAACUUCUAGUGGCUCUCCACGUAGUGGGGGCACAAAAAGAUCUGUCAUAAGGUUGGACAAUCUUGUUAUGGAAGCUAUAAUCAACUUGAAAGAGCCUCGUGGAUCCAGCAAGAAAACUAUUGCUGCAUACAUAGAGGACCAAUACUGGGCACCUCCAAAAUUUAAAAGGCUACUCUCUGCUAAACUGAAGUAUUUAACAGCGACAGGGAAACUUGUGAAGAUGUCCCGGAAAUAUAGGAUGGCUCCACCUUCAUCAUUGAACAGCAACAGAAAAAUGCAUCAUCCAAUUCUACUACCAGAAGGCAGGGACAGAAUCUCACUUAAUAGAGUUGGACAUGAUGUUAGUAAUUUGCUCACUAAAUCUGAGAUUGAUUUGGAAUUGGCCAAGAUGAGAAGCAUGACUCCUCAAGAAGCCGCAGCUGCUGCUGCUGAAGCUGUUGCCGAAGCAGAAGCUGCUGUAGCAGAAGCUGAACAGGCAGCAAGGGAAGCAGAGGCUGCAGAGGCUGAUGCAGAAGCUGCCGUUGCUUUUGCCAAUGCAGCAAAGAAGACAAUACAGGGGAGAAGCACCCCAAACAAAAUGAUGAUUCGUACUUGAUGGGUUUUGCAAGUGGUUCUUGAACACCUUUUCUGGAUUGAAAAGCGGAUGUGUCUCCACUCUCCACUCAUCUCUCUAUUACUCCACAGUUGUAUAUAUGAGUGGUGUUAUUGUCAAUAGAAUCAGGUGGUAGUAAGAAAUGUAUUCUUAAAUGCAUCUUCUUGUCCUGGAUGUGCUUGAAAGAACUCGUGUUCUUUUCCAGACAUUUUGUCUAGAUGUUGGUGCCGAUAGAUCAUCCUCAGAGGGUGAUGCAAGGGAAAGUUUCAGUCACAAGUGGAUGAAGCAAAUCAGGAACUUCUACUUUAGGUAACACAGGGAGGAAACUAAGGGUUUGGGUCUUGAAAGAUGGACAAUUUGGGAACAUUGUUCAUAGAAAAAGCUAUGUAGGCAUUCUGAUUUUUGUCUUCGAGAAUGUAAGCUUAAAUAACACUUCUUAUUUUUCUUUUUCAAAAUUUUGUAUGUAGUGUUUUUUUUAUUGAAAAGUAUUCAUCCACGUAUAGAACUUUAUUGUAAAUUUGUAAUAAUUAUUCCGAGGUUAGAGAAUUUG